AUGCUUCGACUUUCAAGGACGUUGGCAACGUCUUGCAGAGCAUUUUAUGCGCAAAAGAAGAUUCUGUACUCGUCAACAUUGCAUCUUCCAAAGACCUCAUUUGGGCCCAAAAUUCCUACUGGAGAAGAAGCUAAAUCACUCAUAAAGAAGUCAAGUGAAGAGGUGUACCAAUGGCAGAUGGAGCAUAAGAAAGACUGCGCGGAGUUUAUCCUCCACGAUGGACCCCCCUAUGCCAAUGGAGACCUUCAUCUUGGCCAUGCGUUGAAUAAGAUCCUUAAAGAUAUCAUCAAUAGAUUUGAGUUGAUCCAUGAGAAUAAAAGAGUGUUGUAUCGAACAGGUUGGGAUUGUCAUGGACUCCCCAUUGAGAUGAAGGUUAUACAGGCCACAGAUCCCAAAAAGGUUAGUCUGCUUACGCCAGCUGAAAUUCGAAGUAAAUGUAGAGAGUGGGCUUCACUGAUGAUUGAGAAACAACGACAUCAGUUUGGAGAGUUUGCUAUAAUGUCAGACAUGUCUGAUCCUUACGUCACCAUGGAUCAUAAAUAUGAAAUCAAACAAUUGUUAGUGUUCCGAAAAUUGGUGGAAAAUGGGUUACUUUCACGACAAUUGAAGCCAGUAUGGUGGGGUUGUGAAACUCAAACAGCUCUUGCAGAAGCUGAAUUGGAAUAUAAUAAUGAACAUAGAUCUGUGGCUAUUCAUGUUCAAUUUCCCUUAUCACAGCUGAGCAACCAACAGUUACAAUCCAUUGUCGAUGCUUCUAAUUCUAACAUUCAAGUGACAAACCCACACUUGUUGAUCUGGACAUCUACACCUUGGACAAUUCCUGCUAACAAAGCUGUUUGUGUACAUUCCAACUUGACAUAUACCCUUGUCCAUAAUCCUGAGACUAAUAUUCAACUUUUAGUGGCUCAAAACCUUGUGGACGACAUUUGUAAGUACAAUGAACAAUUAGUUGUCUUGCCAGUGUCAAUUCCUGGUGAAAAAUUGUUAUCUCUAACAUAUUUCAACCCAGCUAGGGGCACGAAUGAUACUGAAGUAUUCCCGGUCUUACAUGGUGAUCAUGUAUCCGAUUCAGCCGGUUCCGGUUUAGUUCAUACUGCUCCUGCUCAUGGUGGAGAAGAUUUCUUAAUUGGAAUAAGACAUGUAUUGCCUAUUUCCAGCUCAGUGGAUCAUAGAGGAUGCUUUAUAGCUGGUGAGUUGGCUCCUGGAUUUCUGUCAUUGGCAGGGAAGAAAGUAACUGAAUCUGCCACAGUCUGGGAUACAAUUAAAGUACUUGAUGAAAAUAACAUGAUCUUCCACAUAAAUAAGAAAUUUAUGCAUUCGUACCCUUAUGAUUGGAGAUCUAACAAACCUGUUAUACAGAGAGCUACACCGCAAUGGUUUGUGAAUGUGGAAAAGAUAAAAGAGACAGCAAUUGAAGCACUUAACAAUGUUUCCUUCAUACCCGAAUCUGGCAAGAAUAGACUUCCUUCGUUUGUUAGGAAUAGAAACGAAUGGUGUAUUUCUAGACAAAGAACUUGGGGGGUACCAUUGCCAAUUGUAUAUAGUAAGGAGACGGGUGAACCCUUAGAAGGAUUAGAGGUGAUGGACCAUAUAAUAAAGAAGAUUGACGAAUAUGGAACAGAUGAAUGGUUUGUUCAAGAGGAUAAUAUUUCAAGAUGGUUGCCAAAUGAAUACAAUGGUGAAGACUUUAUCAAAUGUAAAGAUACCAUGGACGUUUGGUUUGAUUCAGGGACAUCUUGGACUACACUAGGUGACAAUUUGGACUCCUUAGCAGCCUCUGAAAAGCCAUUGGCCGAUAUUUACCUUGAAGGUUCAGACCAACAUAGAGGUUGGUUCCAAUCAUCACUUUUAAACAAGGUUAUAUCUUCAGGCUCACAUGGUGAAGGUUUCAAACCUGUUGCUCCAUUCAAAAAGAUUAUAACCCAUGGGUUUACCUUGGACAAGAUGAAUGUAAAGAUGUCUAAGUCUAAGGGUAAUACUAUUACUCCUAGCCAUGCCAUUACUGGCGGGGGGAAACCAUUUUUACCUUCUUUGGGAACAGAUGGUUUGAGGCUAUGGGCUGCGUCCUCAUUGUAUACUUCUGAUGUCAGUGUAUCACCAGAAAUUUUAAGCAGAGUGUUUGAAAAUGUUAAGAAAUUAAGAGUUACCUUCAAGUUUCUUUUAGGUAACUUGAAUGGUUUUGAUCCCGCUCAACAUGGUGUGUUAUAUGACAAGUUGAAUCCCUUAGACAAAUGGUCUCUUGCUAGGUUGUACAAGCUUCAACAAGAUUGCAUUGAAUUCUACAAGGACCAUAACUUUCAAAAGGUUGUUAGAGCCAUCAAUACCCAUAUAAGCACAGAUUUGAGUGCUACAUACUUUGACAUUUCCAAAGAUUGCUUAUACACGGAUUUUGAGGAUUCUCAUAGAAGAAGAUGUAUUCAAACUGUCUUGGAAACAAUUUUAAAGACUUACAUAGGCAUACUAGCUCCCAUACAACCUAUUUUAACCCAAGAGGUAUGGACCAGUUACAAAGAGGAAAUAUGCGCUGGAAAGAUUCCUGAAUCUCCAUUCAUGGUUACUCAAUGGGAAGAGACAUUCAAGUUACCUAAGUUCUAUGAAAAUGAAGCAAUUCAAAAUGAUUUCAAUCAGAUAUGGAAGAUUAGGGAUGUCAUCAACAAAAACUUGGAGUCCUUAAGAUUGCAGGGCUCAUUCAAGAAUAAGUUAGAAACUCAAGUAAAUUUAGUCAUUGAAGAUGAGACGAUUAUGAAUGAACUUCAACCUCAUGCUUCUUUUCUUGAUGAUCAUUUUUUGGUGUCUAAAGUGAAUGUUAACUUAGAUUCAGUUACUAAAGAAGGACUAAAGUAUUUCAAUGAAACAGAAGUUUGCUUAGAUGGUGGACGUUCGUUGAAGGUUCAAAUCUUCCCAUCAGAUGACUCCAAAUGCCCCAGAUGUUGGAAGUUUGUAUCCCCCGUACCCGAAACUUUAUGUCCCAAAUGUGACUCUGUGGUAAACUGA